UCUCUCGUUGGUAUGAAAUCCGGUCGCAUGCGACAGAGGAUACGUUACACAUUAUUGUAACAGAGUAGUGAGCGAGUAACAAUGUUACACAAUAUUUGGGUGUGUGCUUGACGGAAAAUCGGUAAAUUGAUGAACAACUGGUUAAAAAAGAAUAAGCGAGUGAUGCGGCUGAGUAGUCCAUAUCCCAGACACCAAAACGAUUUCAUAAAUAUUUGAUUCACGGGAAUUUAAACCAUGGUUAUAUUUGGAGUGUGACUAUUCGUGCAAUUUUUAGGACGUGACGUGUGGGAUCGAGGUUUUAUUUAUAGACAUUAAUUAGUAAAAUAAUAAGCUUAUUAAGAUGGAGGAUAUAUUUCACUGGUGUCGUGAAGGAAAUGCAAUGCAAGUUCGCGUUUGGCUGGAUGACACCGAACACGACAUGAAUCAAGGAGAUGACCAUGGAUUCAGUCCACUGCAUUGGUGCAGCAAAGAAGGUCACUCUAAAUUGGCAGAGCUACUGGUCAUACGAGGUGCUCGUAUCAAUGCAACGAACAGAGGAGAUGACACGCCUCUGCAUCUCGCCUCUGCACAUGGGCAUAAAGAAAUUGUUCAAUUGCUGUUGAAAAAUCGUGCCGAUGUCAAUGUCACCAAUGAGCAUGGGAACACUGCUCUCCACUAUGCUUGCUUUUGGGGUGAUCAAGCCGUUGCAGAGGAGUUGGUCGCUGCUGGGGCAUUAGUAUCCAUUGCCAAUAAGGAUGGAGACACCCCAUUGGAUAAGGCCAGGGGACCUUUGGCAAAACGAUUGCAUGAUCUGGCUGUUGAAUAUGGACAGGACUUGAAAAAGAUUCAUUUCAAAGACCAGAGUUGGCUGGGACUGAAGACGAGAAGCCGGGAUGCAACUUUAUCCAGACACAAAGGUAUCAAUAUGGCAGAUCUGUCUCUGCACACCCAUUUGGCUAGUACUCCAAGUGGCGAGACAUGGAGAGGUCGUUGGCAGAAUAAUGACGUUGUGGCAAAAAUACUCAAUCUCCGCGAAUGUACAGCCAGAAUCUCAAGAGACUUUAAUGAAGAGUUUCCAAAGCUCAGAAUCUUUUCUCAUCCUAAUAUCCUACCUGUGCUUGGGUGCGUCAAUCAACCACCACAGCUCGUUACUGUAUCCCAAUACAUGGCCAGAGGUAGCCUGCACAGACUCCUACAUGGAGGAACCGGCGUUGUUGUCGAUACUGCAAGAGCCCUACGAUUAGCAUUAGAUGUCGCGAGGGCUAUGGCCUUCCUCCACGGGCUCGAAAGGCAAAGCAGGUGCAGAUUUCAGUUGAACAGUAAACAUGUUAUGAUUGAUGAGGACCUCACAGCAAGAGUGAACAUGGCUGAUGCUAAAUUUUCGUUCCAAGAAGUUGGACGAAUUUACGAACCGGCGUGGAUGUCCCCAGAAGCUUUGAACAAAAAACCAGCUGACAUUAACCUUGAGGCUAGUGACAUGUGGAGUUUUGCAGUUUUGCUCUGGGAAUUGGCCACCAGAGAAGUACCCUUUGCCGAUUUAUCUCCCAUGGAAUGCGGUAUGAAGAUCGCCAUGGAAGAUCUACGCGUCAGUAUUCCACCUGGGAUUUCUCCGCAACUGGCAAAGCUGAUUCGUAUCUGCAUGAACGAAGAUCCUGGAAAACGUCCAUCUUUUGCUAUGGUUGUGCCAAUUCUGGACAAGAUGAAACGCUGAAGAGUGCAAGAACAGCCAAAUUGUAUUCAACUGUUAUUGCCUCACUAUACACGCAUAACAUGGUAACAAGCAUCGACGAGCUUUCUUUAACUUAUUUUUAGAACUUGACAUAAUAAUGAUAAUUGUUACUUUAACAAUGCGAAUGUAAUCAAAUAUUCACACGGUGCCUCCAACGUCUGACGAUCAUAUAUUUUUUUUUAAUCUAUACAAAACGCCUGCCUCUAUCAAUCUUCCAACAUAUGCAAUGUUUAUUAUUGCACACUGAUAUACACAUAUUUAUACAUUAUAUAUUUAUAUAGUAUGUUAUGAAUUGAUAGAUUAAUAGAUGCAUUAUUGUUAACGCUUUUUAUACGAAAAUCUUUUUGUGUUUGAUUUUUUGAUAUUUUAUUUAGGUGUUCGAAUCGUAAUUUCGUUUUCUUUGGUACACAAUGCUGUGUAUGCUGUAUACACAUACCACUGCCAAUUCGUCUGAUUACCAAAACAAAACAAAAAAAUUAGUUAUUACUCAUCGAUUAGAAGAGGCAGAAAUUUAUCUGCAUCACACUUGCCACUACGAAACAUUUAUGUACGUCUAAUAUGCUGUUAGGUGUUCUCGUUUUAUGAUUCAUCUAUCGACAGUUAUGAUGCAAAAAAAAAAGAGUUCAAAAGAAUCAAACUUCUUAUAUUUAUAAGUCCAAUAAUCUUGUCGUUUUACUCUAUGGUGUUACUCUAUAAUUUUGUUCUGAACUAAAAAUAAAUAACUUUCAUACUCAA